GCCGCCGGUUCCGGGUCAGCAGCGGGCACAGAUGGGAUUUACCUUUCCGGCCAAUUUCUCGACGCAGCCUCCGAACAACCCGAGCAGGGCGUUGUACGCGUUGGCACAGGCUGCCGUUCCGAGUCCCGCCAUGGAGCCUGUUCACUGGAAGCCGCUUGAGAGGAUGACGAGCACCAGUGGUCAGAGGGGGCCGAGUCAUUUGCCGGGACAGGGUCUCGGUAUUAGCUUCUAGAUGAGAUUCAAGACGAGAUUCAAUAUAAGAACGUUUCUGGUUAGAUGUUAUUGAAAGGUUGCCUGCUGGAUAUUUUUCUUUUGUUUCGUUGUUCUUUUGGGUUUAUCACAUCAUAUCUUAGGACGCUUUGCUU